AUUGCAGCUCAAGUCUUGUCUCAACAGCAGCUAGCCACUGAAGUAGGCGUGGUGUCUUAAGAUGGACCAUUCACCCAUAGUGCCUGCCACUUCAGCUGAGGUGUACUCCGCAUUGCUCAGUGCUCCCUCCGUUUCAAAAUUUUUUGCUGGUUUGACUCUGCUUCUAUACGUGUUGGCUCAACUUGUUCCCUCGCUUGAAAGUAUACUCGCUAUCAAAGCCACUAACACGUAUGGUGCACACUCUUACAUUUGGAAUGUGUUCACCGCUGGAUUCUUCAAUACGAACAUCGUUCUGGCUAUCUUGCUCGCGCUCACUUUCCUCAUCAUGGGUCGUUGGCUCGUGCCCUCCUGGGGUUCAGCUGAGUUCGUCAAAUAUAUUUUUUUUUCGAACCUGUGUGUUGGGCUGAGUGUGUUCAUCUCACAAAUCGUGUACUACAUGGCUUCAUUCAACUACAAAUUCCUUGAAAUGCCUAUCUCUGGCGGAAUCGGAAUCAUCGCUGCACUCAUCGUGACUAUCAAGCAGAAACUUCCUGAGGAACCCAUCAUCCUCUUUGGACAGCCAUUCAUGAAUUUUUGUGCCAAAGAUAUCCCAGGCAACUCCUUGAUACCGUUGCGAUGCAAGGAAGCUGAUAAGCUGACCCAAGGUGUCUUGAUCUGCUUCUCCGCCAUCCUUUCUAUACUUGAGUUGGCACCGGUUUUUCUGCAAUGCUGUUGUGGGACAUAUUUCGGUUGGUUGUAUCUGCGAUUCCUUCAGCGCACCAUCGAUGGCAUGAGAGGCGAUAUGAGCGAUCAUAUGGCCUUCAUCAUGUUUUUCCCGGUCGCUCUACGCCCUUUGAUGCAAGUCGUUUCCUCCUCAGCCUUCAAGAUGGUCUGUGGAAAGAGCGUACAGUCAAUGCUCGACGAUAUCCCAGCACGAUCGUCGGAGCUCCGACAGGCGUUGCCGCCAGGAGUUCUCAGAGGUGCUUGGGAUGGUGCGAUGGCUGCAGGAGCUCCACCUGUCAACGUCCCAGCUCCUCCGCUUCCUGGGUCAAACGUAGCUGACGCAGAGAGGAGGAGGUAA